GAUCAGAUUUGUUCCAUUGAGCCCAAAUUUCCAUUUUCUGAAAAUCAGAUUUGUUUGACAUUUACCUGGAAGGAUGCUUUUGAUAAAGGCUCACUUUUUGGAGGAUCUGUAAAAUUGGCUCUUGCCAGCUUAGGAUAUGAGAAAACCUGCGUGCUGUUCAAUUGUGCAGCCUUAGCCAGUCAGAUUGCUGCCGAGCAGAACCUGGAUAAUGAUGAAGGCUUGAAGGUCGCCGCUAAGCACUAUCAGUUUGCUAGUGGUGCCUUUUUACAUAUUAAAGAGACGGUUUUAUCUGCCUUAAAUCGAGAGCCGACUGUGGACAUUUCUCCGGACACCGUUGGGACCCUCAGUCUUAUUAUGCUUGCUCAGGCCCAAGAAGUAUUUUUUUUAAAAGCCACAAGAGAUAAAAUGAAAGAUGCCAUCAUAGCUAAAUUGGCCAAUCAGGCUGCAGAUUACUUUGGCGAUGCUUUCAAACAAUGUCAGUACAAAGACACUCUCCCCAAGUAUUUUUAUUUCCAGGAGGUGUUUCCUGUGUUGGCUGCAAAGCACUGUAUCAUGCAGGCCAAUGCUGAGUACCACCAGUCUCUCCUGGCAAAGCAGCAGAAGAAAUUUGGAGAAGAGAUUGCAAGAUUACAGCAUGCAGCAGAAUUGAUUAAAACAGUGGCGUCUCGGUACGAUGAAUAUGUCAAUGUGAAGGAUUUUUCUGACAAAAUCAGCCGUGCCCUUACAGCAGCGAAGAAGGAUAAUGACUUCAUUUACCAUGAUCGCGUUCCAGACCUUAAAGAUCUAGACCCCAUUGGCAAAGCCACACUUGUGAAAUCCACGCCUGUCAAUGUGCCCAUCAGCCAGAAGUUCACUGAUCUGUUUGAGAAGAUGGUUCCUGUGUCUGUACAGCAGUCCUUGGCUGCUUAUAAUCAGAGGAAAGCAGAUUUGGUUAACAGAUCAAUUGCUCAAAUGAGAGAAGCCACCACUCUGGCUAAUGGGGUGUUAGCCUCCCUUAAUCUCCCAGCAGCGAUUGAAGAUGUAUCUGGAGACACUGUCCCUCAGUCGAUAUUGACUAAGUCCACAUCUGUGAUUGAACAGGGAGGCAUUCAGACUGUUGAUAAGUUGAUCAGAGAACUUCCAGAACUACUACAGAGAAAUCGAGAAAUCCUAGACGAGUCAUUAAGAUUGUUGGAUGAAGAAGAAGCAAGCGACAAUGAUUUAAGAUCAAAAUUUAAGGAACGUUGGCAGAGGACCGCAUCCAAUGAGCUCUAUAAGCCUUUAAGAGCAGAGGGUGCCAACUUCAGGACAGUUUUGGACAAAGCCGUACAAGCGGAUGGGCAGGUGAAAGAACGCUAUCAGUCUCACCGCGACACCAUCGCCCUUCUCUGUAAGCCGGAGCCUGAACUGAAUGCCUCCAUCCCUUCUGCUAACCCAGCAAAGACUAUGCAGGGCAGUGAGGUUGUAAAUGUCUUAAAAUCCUUGCUGACAAAUCUUGAUGAAGUGAAGAAGGAAAGGGAGAGCCUGGAGAAUGACCUGAAAUCGGUGAAUUUUGACAUGACAAGCAAGUUUUUGACUGCUUUGGCUCAAGAUGGUAUGAUAAAUGAAGAAGCUCUUUCUGUUACGGAACUGGAUCGGAUCUAUGGAGGCCUUACAACUAAAGUCCAGGAAUCGCUGAAGAAACAAGAGGGACUUCUUAAAAAUAUUCAGGUAUCACACCAGGAAUUUUCAAAAAUGAAACAGUCUAACAAUGAAGCUAAUUUAAGAGAAGAAGUCUUGAAGAAUUUAGCUACUGCGUAUGACAACUUUGUUGAACUUGUUGCUAAUUUGAAGGAAGGCACAAAGUUUUACAAUGAGCUGACGGAAAUCCUGGUCAGGUUCCAGAACAAAUGCAGCGAUAUAGUGUUUGCAAGGAAAACGGAGAGAGAUGAACUCUUAAAGGACUUGCAGCAAAGCAUUGCCAGGGAACCCAGUGCUCCUUCAAUCCCCACCCCUGCGUAUCAGUCCUCUCCUGCAGGGGGACACUCGCCAACGCCACCAACUCCUGCGCCAAGAACCAUGCCGCCUGCUAAGCCUCAGCCCCCUGCCCGGCCCCCACCGCCUGUGCUUCCUGCAAACCGUGCUCCUCCAGCCACUGCUCCGGCCCCGGCUCCUGCGCCGGCCGCUGCUGGGCCCACGGCAUCUGCCCCGUCGCAGGCCCCCGGGUCAGCGCCCCUUCCACAGGCCCAGGGACCCCCCUACCCCACCUAUCCAGGAUAUCCCGGGUAUUGCCAAAUGCCCAUGCCGAUGGGCUAUAAUCCUUACGCAUAUGGCCAGUACAACAUGCCCUAUCCGCCGGUCUAUCACCAGAAUCCUGGACAGGCCCCCUACCCGGGACCCCAGCAGCCUUCUUAUCCCUUUCCUCAGCCCCCGCAGCAGUCUUACUAUCCACAGCAGUAA